GGCGGAUCGCUGAGGAGUUGUUAGCGAAGAUGGCGGUGGCGGCUGCUGCGGCGAAGCUCCGGGGCUCAGGUCGAGGCUUGGGCCAGGCUGGCGUCCUGCUCCUGCGGCGGCUUGGUGCUCGGGGGCUGGCUAGAUAUCACCCCCAGAGGCAGGAGCAGCAGCACUUUCCAUCCCUGGAUGACAAGCCCCAGUUCCCUGGGGCCUCGGCGGAGUUUGUAGACAAGCUAGAAUUCAUCCAGCCCAAUGUCAUCUCUGGGAUCCCCGUCUAUCGUGUCAUGGACCGGCAGGGCCAGAUCAUCAACCCCAGCGAGGAUCCCCACGUGAGAGGCCCCCUCCUUCCCACCCUGUGCCUCCCACACCCAGGCCCCUUGUCCAUCUCCUCUCUGGUCCCACCUGGCCUACAUCUGUCUGUGCCUCCACCUGCAGCUGCCCCAGGAGACGGUGCUCAAGUUCUACAAGAGCAUGACUCUGCUCAACACCAUGGACCGCAUCCUCUACGAGUCCCAGCGGCAGGGCCGGAUCUCCUUCUACAUGACCAACUAUGGCGAGGAGGGGACACAUGUGGGGAGUGCGGCAGCGCUGGACAGCACGGACCUGGUGUUUGGCCAGUACCGGGAGGCAGGGAGCAGGAGACCGGGCAGGAAGGGCCGGUCUGCCCCCCACCCCGCCUGCAGGCUCACACGGCCUCCUCCUCGCCAGGUGUGCUAAUGUACCGGGACUACCCCCUGGAGCUGUUCAUGGCCCAGUGCUAUGGCAACGCGAGCGACCUGGGCAAGGGGCGCCAGAUGCCCGUGCACUAUGGCUGCAAGGAGCGCCACUUCGUCACCAUCUCCUCUCCGCUGGCCACGCAGAUCCCGCAGGCGGUGGGGGCGGCCUAUGCGGCCAAGCGUGCCAACGCCAACAGAGUGGUCAUCUGUUACUUCGGGGAGGGGGCGGCCAGCGAGGGGGAUGCCCACGCCGGCUUCAACUUCGCCGCCACCCUCGAGUGCCCGGUCAUCUUCUUCUGCCGGAACAACGGCUAUGCCAUCUCCACGCCCACCUCUGAGCAGUACCGCGGGGACGGCAUCGCUGCUCGAGGCCCGGGCUACGGCAUCAUGUCCAUCCGCGUGGACGGCAACGAUGUGUUUGCCGUGUACAACGCCACCAAGGAGGCCCGGCGGCGGGCCGUGGCUGAGAACCAGCCCUUCCUCAUUGAGGCCAUGACCUACAGGAUCGGGCACCACAGCACCAGUGACGACAGCUCGGCCUACCGCUCGGUGGACGAGGUCAAUUACUGGGACAAGCAGGACCACCCCAUCUCCCGGCUGCGGCACUACCUGCAGGGCCGAGGCUGGUGGGACGACGAGCAGGAGAAGGCCUGGAGAAAGCAGUCCCGCAAGAAGGUGAUGGAGGCCUUUGAGCAGGCGGAGCGGAAGCCGAAACCCAACCCCAACCUGCUCUUCUCUGACGUGUACCAGGAGAUGCCGGCCCAGCUUCGCAAGCAGCAGGAGUCCCUGGCCCGGCACCUCCAGGCCUACGGCGAGCACUACCCCCUGGACCACUUCGAGAAGUGAGGCCCGCUUGCCCCAGCCCACCCCCACCCACCUCAACUCCCCUGAGGGGCAGCCCCAUUCUGGGGGGUGCCCAGGGAGCUGCAGGAUGCCACCCUGCUUCCCCAGCCAGCCCCCUCUGAAAUACUGGGGCCAGGACUCCAGCCAACCAUCUCCACUCCUCCAGGCUGUUACCCUGGGUGGGGGGGGGGGGGGCUCCGUCAGCCCCCUCCUCGCCUGUUACAGUGCCUUCUCCCAGGGGCUGGGCCAGGACGCCUCCAGGACUAGAAGUCCCUCUGGGUGGGCGUGGUGGGUCAGCCUGUGGAAGUCACUCCCUCAAAGUGAGAGGUGGUCAGCAGGUGGCCAAUAAACUCUGUGUUUGGCUCUGUGCCA